AUGUAUACGCCAUCAAAGCGGCAAAAAACGAGAGAAAGAAGUGAAGUGCAAAAAUCGCAGCGGAAAAACAAGAUAUCAGGAGAAGAAUAAGAACCAUGUCGGACUAUCGAUCCCAAUCUCGCGGCGGCGGACGUGGCGGCCAGGAGUACUCCAACGACGACGAUCCGCCGAUGUCGCGUCUGUUCAUCAUUUGCAACAAGGCGCACACGGAGGAGGAUUUUCGCGAGGCCUUCUCGCCGUACGGCGAAAUCGAGGACAUUUGGGUGGUGAAGGAUAAGCACACGCAGGAGAACAAGGGCAUCGCCUACGUCAAGUUCUCCAAGACAUCGGAUGCGGCCAAGGCGCAGGAGGAGAUGAACGGCAAGACCAUUGGCAAGAUGGAUCGCACCCUCAAAGUCCUGGUGGCUGCCAAUCGCAAUCAGGGCUCCAAUAAAUCCGAAAACGAGCAGGAGAAGUACGUAAGACUGUUCAUUGUCAUUCCCAAAACGGCCACCGAGGAGGACAUUCGCGAGGAGUUCGCCCAGUGGGGCGAGGUGGAGACGGUGACCAUUGUCAAGGAGAAGAACAAUGGCAAUCCCAAAGGCUUCGGCUAUGUCCGCUUCACCAAGUUCUACUAUGCAGCAGUGGCCUUUGAGAACUGUUCCGCCAAGUACAAGGCGGUCUUCGCCGAGCCCAAGGGCUCCACUCGCACACAGCGGGAUCAGUACGGUCGUCCCGCCGAGGAUAAUCCGCUGUACAGCGGCUCAGGACGUGGCAAUUCCAAUUUCAAUGGUGGCAGCAGUAGCAGUGGCGGUGGCGGCAACAGCUACAACAACGACUGGAAUGCUUCGCAGAACAACGACAUGUCGGCCUUCCUGCGCAUGCAGAAUGUCCCGGUGGCCCAGCCCUCGUGCCUGGAGGUCAACGUGAGCAACUGCGUCAACCAGGAUCAGCUCUGGCGGCUCUUUGAUAUUAUACCCGGCCUAGAUUACUGCCAAAUCAUGCGGGAACAUGGACCCCGCACAAAUGAGGCCCUGGUGGUGUACGACAACCCCGAAGCUGCCAUUUAUGCCAAGGACAAACUACAUGGCCUGGAAUAUCCAAUGGGCGAACGCAUCAUUGUCAAAGUCAAUGGCAUGAGCUCGGCUCGCAUGGACACAUCUUUUAUAGACAAGCGCACCAAAAAAGAUGCCAUCUGUAAUGUGCCUUUGCCCCCAACUCAGCCACUGGCCUCACCCGAUGCCCAGGUCGCCCAACGCCUGUUCAUUGUUCUCUCAGCGAAUUUGCCGCAUUCGAUCUUGAAAAACAUAUUCUCCUGCUGGUCGGGACUGAUUGACGUCUACCUACUGCCCAACAAGAAUUGCGGCUACGUCAAGUAUGCGGAGGCUGAGAGUGCCCAAAUGGCAAUUCAUACUCUAAAUGGUGCUGAAAUCUGCGGCACUAAAAUAAAGGUCAUGGAGGCGGAGGAGCGCAGUGGAUCCGAUGGCGAUGACGGUGGACGGAAGCGAUUGAGGCGUAAUUGAGUACCCACUGACAAUCAAGAACUUACAGAGAACGCAAUGUACGAGUACGUAACUAACUUGAGAAUACAGUCCGAUAAAAACAGUUGAACUGACCACCACCAACAACCACGCAACAACCAACCAAGAACCAAGAACCAUGAACCAUGAACCAAUAACCAAACAACCACCACCAAACAACAACCGCUCAGAACCAGAACCAGAACCAGUACACUCUUAAACGGAAUGCCACAAUAACCACGAAGACCGGAAACGGCGAACGGAGAACGGCGAACGGAGACGGGUGAACAAACAGCCAACGAAUAUUCACCACACCCGUUGACUACCAUUGACUCUAACUGAAGAAACACUCGUGUACUCAAGUGGGUUCUCUCUCGUACAGAGCACUCGUAGAAAGACCCUUACGACCUUUAAACGGAUCCAACGAAAAUGCAAUGCUUGCUAUAUACCAUAGUACACAUACCCAAUGGAGUGUAUAUGUAUAAAGCAACCGCUUAGGGGACUUUUAAAUAUAUAUCCGUAAUACGGAAACGAACUCUGUGAAACUUGUACUAUUACUAACGUAUUCCGACGAGAUCCAGCUAAGCAAUGAAUUCAAAAAUAACUGAAUGUCUCAAGAGUAUUGACUCUUUCUCGUCAACUUUACGAUUUAGCCGUGCGUAAAAGAUAUUUCUUUUCAUACCGUAGACUUAACCAAUACCUUAAUGUGUAAGCCCUUAAGUAAAUAAUAAUAAAUGGAGAACAUAAA